GACCAAUCAAAAACCUCUCACUUUAGCCAAGGGGGCGGGGAUGUGAAAGCCAGCAGGCUGCAGUGCGUUUGCAUUAUAGCGUCAGUUCGGUGGCGUAAUUGGUUCAGUUUGUUUGGAGUCCACGGAGGAAGUUGGCGGCUGCUGGAGAGUGUUUAUCUAUGUGUGUGUGGUGUUGUGUCAAACAAAAGGCAUUAAUGAGCUCGUCGAUUAUUUUACACCAGGUCAGAUUCCCCAAAAUAAAAUAAAAAAAAAAAAAGGUUCUCCCCCUUUUUUAAAAAAAAAAAAAAAAAGACCGCCGAGCUCGGUAAUGGAGGAGAAGAAGAAGGAGGACGGGGAGUCGGAGAUUCAAGAGCACGGCCCCGAGCACUGGUUCUCGAAAUGGGAGCGGCAGUGCCUGGCUGAGGCCGAGCGGGAGGAGCCGAGCGAGGAAGAGGCCGAGGGGAGCCAGCAGAAGAAACUGUGGCACCUCUUCCAGAACUCCGCUACCGCCGUGGCACAGCUUUACAAAGACCGCGUGUGUCAGCAGCAAGGACUGUCUCUCUGGGUACCUUUCCAGAACGCUGCAACGGCUGUCACUAACCUCUACAAAGAAAGCGUGGACGCACACCACAGAAGCUACGACCUCGGAAUUCAGAUCGGUUAUCAGCGGCGCAAUAAGGAUGUGUUGGCUUGGGUUAAAAAGCGCCGGAGAACAAUACGCAGAGAGGACUUGAUCAGCUUCCUGUGUGGAAAAGCACCUCCUCCCAGGACUUCUAGAGCGCCUCCGAGACUGACUGUAGUAUCACCUUCAACGGAAACAAGCUCGUCUGUAGAGACUGAUUUACAGCCCUUCCGAGAAGCCAUAGCUUUGCAUGGUCUCAGUGGUGCAAUGGCCAGCAUCAGCGUUCGCUCCAGUACUCCAGGGUCCCCGACCCAUGUGAGUGGGGCGUCCAAUCCCAGCCGCAGGAGGAACGGGCUUCACGAUGUGGACUUGAACACUUUCAUAUCAGAAGAAAUGGCACUCCACUUAGACAAUGGUGGCACUAGGAAGCGGACCUCAGCCCAGUGUGAUGUCAUCACAGACUCCCCAACUCAUAAACGCAAUCGAAUGAUCUGAACUCGAUUCGUUAAAAAUAAAUAAAUAAAAAAUGCACCGUGUUGCUUAAGCCACUUAACCCUCAACACUUUUUUUUUUUUUUUUUUUUUUUUGAAAGGAAUCAGAGGGCCAUCAGAAUCCCCCCCCCUCCCCCCCCCUCCAUUGCUUAAGAUGCGUGAAUUCAUUUAAUGACUGCCAUAAAGGAAAAUUUACCAUCACAUUAGAUGCCUCUCUUGUGGUAAUGGCUUUGUGUUUUCCACUCACGAGACAGAGGACAUCUCAAUUAUUCGUUUAGUACUUGGCAAGAUGAUCAUAGGUGAGCAUUUCUCCGUUAAGGCUGACCUUGCUUGUGUCCUGUGUAACCCUGACGUUACUUUGGUUAGGUGUUUAUUGCCAUUAUUAAUUUAUCUGCUGUGUUGAGUGUUUGCUUCAACAGUAUUGCCGGGUAAUGGCUGAAAGUCCUUUUUCAACAUGGCAAAGCCUUCCACUGGUUUGUUUGUCUGAAGCAGCUGGUGAACGUGGAAUUGUGAAGAGGUGCGAUGAUGGUCAUGCAAAUAAUACUUCGUACAGUGCUGAAUCAAUACAAUAAUCUGUCGGAUUCACUUCUGUGUGUUUAGUGCUCCAAAGUGACAAAAUCAUCAGAUGUUACUCCCGCCCCUGAGUAAUCUUAGAAUCCUUUGCUAUUGUCAGUAGUUUUGUUAAUAUCUAAUGGAUAUACUUAACAUUUAGGUGCUGGUCUGAUACAUGCAGUGCAUAUUGUAUAAAAAUGCAAACCAUUGAAUAGUUGGUCUCAAAGUGUAUAAUAAUGAUGUUUGCAUUAAAGAAGCUAAGCUUAGCUUUGGGUGGCUUCAAAUGUGCUUUUAAAACAGGAAAUGCAUGUCUCAGCAAGAGGACGAAUCUGGCUUUCCAGAGCACAAGAAGGGUUGAAGCCGGUAUAAAAAUGCAAACUAGUUCCACCACAGGGUCAUUGUGGGGUGGGGUUGAUUUCCUGAGUGCACACACCUGCAUGCUUUCAGAAAGGCUUGCAUCUAUCUUCAGCACCUUUUACGUUUAUCUGAAUCGGUGGGAUUUUGGUCACCACACUUCUAAAACGUUCAAUGAAUCUGCUCUUGAUUUGGUAUUCCAAUGAAGUCCUUCACAGUUUAUACCUCCUGUAUUAAUACAUGUACUUCAAUGGAGCACUAAUCCUUGCCAGUGUAAUAGAGCCUAAACUAUUUGUGUUGAUACAUCACCUGCAAUGUCUCUUGUUCGAUAUCUGCUUGUAUUGUUUGCAGUGUGGCUUCAGAGCUCUGACUACGGAAACCAGUGUGCAGACCUGUGUGGGAAGAGGAGGUCAGAUUGCAAUUUCAAACUCCUGUCUAGGUGUUUACAUCAAUUGUAUAUUUACAAUUUACCUUUUAAAUAUAUCCUAUAUAUCCUGUUGUUGCAUUUAAAAAAAAAAAAAAGAAAAAACUAAAACACACUGUGUACUAUUCCAUCAAUGUAAAUACUGUAUGGGUUUGUUUUGAACUUUUAUUUAAAAAAAAAAUAAUAAAAAAAAAUAGAAUUGUG